AUGGCACAAGCAUUAUCAUUUGCAAAUGACGGAACACGACUGGUAUUUGCUGAAGAUGAUAUUGAUGCUCAUUCACCAUCGCAUGAUGGACAACGCAGUGGUCGACACGGGAAAUGUCGUGCUGAUUCGAUAAUACCAACGGCUGGUAAAGAGGGCACAAUACUCGCGCCAAAUACUUACAAAGGCCAGUCAAUAGCUGUUUUUACAAGUGGCGGUGAUGCUCCCGGAAUGAAUAGUGCUGUUCGAUCAGUUGUUCGUAUGGGUAUUUAUUUGGGUUGUCGUGUUUAUUUCAUCUAUGAAGGUUAUCAAGGAAUGGUUGAUGGUGGCGAAUAUAUUAAAUUAGCUGAAUGGGAUUCCGUUUCUGAUAUUAUUCAAAAAGGAGGCACAAUAAUUGGUUCAGCACGUUGCAAAGAAUUUCGCGAACGAUCUGGUCGACUUGCUGCAGCAGCAAACCUCAUACGCUAUAAUAUUACGAAUCUUGUAUGCAUUGGUGGUGAUGGUUCUUUAACAGGUGCAAAUCUCUUUCGUCAAGAAUGGCCUGAACUUGUACAAGAACUUGUUAAUACUGGCAAAGUAACUGCCGAAAAAGCAAAACAGUGUAGUAACAUCCAGAUUGUUGGGCUUGUUGGUUCUAUUGAUAAUGAUUUUUGUGGAACUGAUAUGACGAUUGGAACUGAUACUGCAUUACACAGAAUCACUGAAGCGAUUGAUUCAGUAAUAUCUACUGCUCAAAGUCAUCAACGUUCAUUUGUUAUUGAGGUUAUGGGUCGACAUUGUGGCUAUUUGGCAUUAGUAGCUGCAUUGGCUACUGAGGCAGAUUUUUGUUUCAUUCCUGAAUGGCCACCGCCAACAAAUUGGCCACAAGUUCUUUGCGAUAAGCUUCAAAUGAUGCGAGGAGAAGGAUCAAGGUUAAACAUCAUAAUUGUUGCAGAGGGUGCGAUUGAUCGUGAGGGACGACCAAUUACCACAAACGAAGUUAUGACUACCAUAAAACAGCGAUUACAUUACGAUACGCGAGUCACGGUUCUUGGUCAUGUACAACGAGGCGGCAGCCCUUCAGCAUUUGACCGUUUAUUAGGGUGUCGAAUGGGUGCAGAAGCGGUAACAGCGCUUAUGGAAAUGACACCUGAAUCCGAACCUUGUGUCGUUUCGAUUGAUGGAAAUAGCAUUGUUCGUGUGCCAUUAAUGGAAUGUGUAUUACGUACACAAGCGGUUCAAAAAGCAAUGAACGAAUAUGAUUGGGAUUCGGCGGUGAGAUUAAGAGGCCGAAGUUUUCAGCGCAAUUUGGAUACCUAUCGAUUGUUGACAAAGUUGCAUAUUCCACGUAAUAUUGAUCUCUCGAAAGUUCAAAGCUUCAACAUAGCCGUCAUGAAUGUUGGAGCUCCAGCUGGCGGCAUGAACGCUGUCGUUCGUUCAUUUGUAAGAAUGGGCAUAUAUCAUCACUGCAAAGUUUUUGGCAUAAAAAAUUCGUUUUUGGGCUUGAUGAAUGGUGAUCUAAAACAAAUGGCUUGGCGUGAUGUCUCGAAUUGGGUAAUGCACGGGGGAUCAUUUCUGGGAACUCAAAAACAAUUGCCCACUGAAAAUAUGGACAAAAUAGCUGCGGCGUUACAAAAGUUUGAUAUACAUGCAUUGCUACUUGCUGGUGGUUUUGAGGCGUAUCAUUCUUGUUUGUUACUAGCACGUGGACGUGAAAAAUUUCCUUCAUUGCGUAUUCCAUUAUGUGUUAUACCUUGCACCAUUAGUAAUAACGUCCCAGGGACAUCCUUAUCGCUUGGAUCUGAUACUGCUGUUAAUGAAAUCUGUAUGAUGAUUGAUAAACUCAAGCAAUCAGCAGCAGGCACCAAAAAGCGAGUUUUUAUUAUCGAAACUAUGGGUGGCUAUUGUGGAUAUUUGGCUACUUUAUCUGCUCUUGCAUCUGGUGCUGACAACGCAUAUAUCUUCGAAGAGAAAUUUAGUGUAGGAGAUAUUGUCGAUGAUGUCAAGGUUAUUGUCAAAAAAAUGAAAACCGGUGUUCAAAGAUAUUUGGUUGUUCGUUGUGAAAAUGCGAAUAACAAUUAUACAACGGAAUUUGUUAAGCAGCUUUUCGCUGAAGAAGGCAAAGGGGAAUUUUCGACUAGAAUUAAUAUACUCGGGCAUGCUCAACAGGGUGGAAAUCCCACUGCUUUCGAUCGUAACAUGGGUACAAAAUUAGCAGCUCGUGCUUUAGAGUAUCUUGUUGCACAGGUGCAUGCUUCAUAUGAUUCAGCCACUGGAAAAGUUAAUGCAACACAUGAUGAUACGGCAACGCUUCUCGGUUUGCUUGGUCGACGAGUUGUUUUUACACCUGUCGAAGAAUUAGCUUUGGAAACGGAUUUCGAGCAUCGUUUACCAAAGGAUCAGUGGUGGUUAAGAGUGCGUCCACUUUUAAGAAUCUUGGCUAAACACGAAUCUCUUUAUGAAUCUGAAUUCAAACCCUAUGAGGAUUGUGAUGCAGAAGAUGAGGGCUAA